AUUUUUGGCCCGCCCACAUUUGCGUCAAAACCCGCGUGAGCCUGCUGGAAAAGAGCGAGCGCCUGAAAGGGUAACGUGGGUCCCCCUUCCCACGGGCUCACCACCUGUGGGUGGGGUCAUAGGGGGGGUCGGGUGCAGCGCGAGCCGGGCGGCGACCUCGGCGAUCCGAUCCCCGGCUACAGAAGCUGGCUCUUCUCUGGCAGGGAAGGAGGCCGAGGGGGUGCUGGAGAGCGCUCCCGCUGGGGGACUCCAUCGUUCUGCUGGGGGACUUCAAUGCUCACAUGGGCAAUGACAGUGAGACCUGGAACGGCGUGAUCGGGAGGAACGCCCACCACCCCCGAUCAGAACCCGAGCGGUGUUCUGUUAUUGGAUUGCUGUAAUCAUCACGGAUUGUCCAUAACGAACACCAUGUUCAAGCAUAAGGGUGUCCACAGGAGCACUUGGCACCAGGACACCCUAGGUCGCAGUUCGAUGAUCGACUUUGUGGUCGUGUCAUCGGAAUUGCGGCCGCAUGUCUUGGACGCUCGGGUGAAGAGAGGGGGGCGGAGCUGUCAACCGAUCACCACCUGGUGGUGAGUCGGCUCCGAUGGUGGGGGAAGACGCCGCUCCGACGUGGCAGGCCCAAACGUAUUGUGAGGGUCUGCUGGGAACAUCUAGCGGAAUCUCCUGUCAGAAGGAGUUUCAACUCCCACCUCCGACACAACUUCGCUCAUGUUCCGGGGGAGGCGGGGGACAUCGAGUCCGAUUGGACCAUGUUCCGCGCCUCCAUUGCUGAGGCGGCCGACCGGAGCUGUUGGCCGUAAGGUGGUCGGUGCCUGUCGUGGUGGACACCAGCGGUGAGGGAUUCCGUCAAGCUGAAGAAGGAGUCCUAUCGGGCCUUUUUGGCCUGUGGGACUCCCGAGGCAGCUGAUGGGUACCAGCUGGCCAAGCGGAAUGCAGCUGUGGUGGUGGCUGAAGCAAAACCUCGGGCAUGGGAGGGGUUCAGUGAGGCCAUAGAGAAAGACUUGAGGACGGCUUCGAGGAAAUUCUGGGCCACCAUGCGACGUCUCAGGAGGGGGACGCGGCGCACCAUCAACACUGUGUAUAGUGGCGAUGGGGUGCUGCUGACCUCCACUCAGGACGUUGUGAGUCGGUGGGGAGAAUACUUCGAAGAGCUCCCCAAUUCCACUGACACGCCUUCCCAUGAGGAAGCGGAGUCUGGGUCCUCUGAGGAGGGCUCUCCUAUCUCUGGGGUUGAGGUCACCGAGGUGGUUAAAAAGUUCCUCGGUGGCAAGGCCCUGGGGGUGAAUGAGAUUCGCCCCGAGUUCCUAAAGGCUCUGAAUGUUGUGGGGCUGUCCUUGUUGACACGCCUCUGCAGCAUCGCGUGGACAUCAUGGACGGUGCCUCUGGAUUGGCAGACUCGUUUUUAAGAAGGGGGACCGGAGGGUGUGCUCUCUCUUAGAGGGGCGAGAAGCUCGGUCAUCCGGGAGGAUCUCAGAGUAGAGCCGCUGCUCCUCCGCAUCGAGAGGAGCCAGAUGAGGUGGCCGGGGCAUCUGAUUCGGAUGCCUCCCUGGUGAGGUGUUCCAGGCACGUCCCACCGGGAGGAGACCCCGGGGACGACCCAGGAUAAUGACUUAGGAUCCCCCUCGAAGAGCUGGAUGAAGUGGCUGGGGAGAGGGAAGUUUGGGCGUCCCUGCUAAAGCUACUGGCCCCCCGACAUCACAUCCAAGACGUGUUAGUGUAACAAUUUCGUCAAUGCAAAAGCGGAGUUCCAAGGUCAAUUAGUAAUUUUCCGAUCGUUCCAAAAUUGAUUGAUGACCGCCAGUUUCCUUUUCUUGAGCAAAAAAAAAUACAACAAAAUAACUAUCGGCCAUCUGGACGCUAUAAGUCCUUUCAUGUAUUUUCUAUACAUUACAAUCAAAAAACUAAAUGUAUUGUUUUGUUGUUACGUACAGUUGCUCUAUAGCAAAAAGAUAACCAAAAACUAUGAGUAAAAAAGGCAAAUGUAUAUCUCACAAAGUAAUAAUUAGCGCAUUUGGAAAUGUGUUUUGUUAAUCAAGCGUGCAAAUAACCAUCUGCCAACUUGGUCAAAUUCUGGCAGAAUGAACUCAUUUGUGUCGAAAUACAAACUCUACGUGCCAAAACGCCUCGGAAUUUUAUUUCCCGAGCUGGAUUGCGAGCAUGUUCGUCUACGCUGCCAAGUAAGCAGCAAUUUUCAAGCACUCAUUACCUGAUUAGCGAUCGAAUACACUUAAGGCUCCGAAGAAACAUUUGUGCUUGUUUCUUGUAUUUGGUGGCAACACGUCCUGCACUUGACACACAAGCCAGAUCAGGAUUUGCUGUAUUUGAACGCAAGAUGGAUCGAAACGUGGCUUAACAGCCACUUCAAAUGUCGCAAAUGUUGCUUCUCUUGUUAUAUGGUGGUUGCUGUGAACAUGUGGAAUAGUGGAGUCAAUUCUAUGAAAAUGAACAUGACGUUCCAAAGCAAAGAUGAGAAAAUGGGUUUUUCCGAACUACGACCUAACCCCAGAAAGGAAUGCUAGCCCCAACGAACAGAAUCCGAGUUUUUACAACAAACCGCAGAGACAAUGGCCGCGAUGCACAUUCCAUCAAGUUAGCACACGAGAGCAGAUGUCAGCAGCAGUGUUGAAAUUCCUGGCUGCAUGCGAGCGGACACUCAGGCCUCAACAAUUUAUGCGCGUCAAAGGCGCCAAGGACUACGAGUAUCCCAACCACCCGCAGUCCACACAGCACCAGAAGAACGACCGCUGCCCACCGCCACCUCAGAUGCUCCCCGAGAGGGCCUGUGAGGUGCCGGGCUGCCGCUCAGACUCGGAGUGUGAGCGCCACAAGCGUUGCUGCUACAACGGCUGCAUCUACGCCUGCCUGGAGUCUGUUCAGCCUCCGCCAGUCCUUGACUGGCUAGUGCAGCCCAAACCUCGGUGGUUGGGCGGGAACGGCUGGCUACUAGACGGUCCUGAGGAGAUGCUGCAGGCUGAGGCGUGCAGUACAACAGAGGACGGCGACGAGCCUCUCCACUGCCCUACAGGCUACGAGUGCCACAUCAUCAACCCAGGAAACCCUGCCGCUGGCAUCCCCAACCGGGGACAAUGCAUCAAGCAGCGUGCCAACUCUGAUGGACGGGGGUUGAGGCACAAACUACUUUUCAAGGACUACUUAGGUAAGUGAGGUUCCAGUAGCAACAACGCCGUGGGCUACGAGAAACAUCACAAGCGCCUGGGAUGAGCGACAUAUACCCUUUUGUGUUUCUUGCUUUCAGACCACACUUUCCAUUUGAUCUUCUAACCUUUCCCAUGAAUCUGACAUAGGCCCCACCACUUACGAUCGUCUUCAAGCUAUUUCUUAUCACACUUCAGUCAGAAAAGAUCAUAAGCUGCUACCUCCUCGACUCUCCACUCCUCACAAAGUUCGAACCUCAGAAACGUUACUGUCUCACAGCCAAAGGAAGACGCUGAUUUUACACAUUAUACAUCAUAAGAGAGAAAGAGAGAAGUAGCGAGUGCAUCAAUGCUGCUUGCCAAAUAUCUCAAAAGGGCAAUAUAUUUGUUCCAUCGUCCAUGUAUUUAGUCUUUACGUCUUUCAACAUCACAAUCAUCUGUACCAAACAAUCAAUUGCGGGAAUGGGUUAUUUCUACAACAAAUCUUCUUGUUGGGAUGGGCAGAACAAUUGAUGGAGUCAAAUUGUUUGUUGAUUCAUCAUGUCUGAAAGUGAAUGAGGCAAGAUGGAGUGCACCACCUGGCUGCAACCAGCGGAGGCACUGUGGAUUUUGUCUCCACCCAUGUCGCCAAAGUGCCUGGGCAACAUGUUGUUCCCCACCUUUUAUACAGUUUAUUAUUGCAAUCGCUCCCUACCAAUAUUCAUAAACAACCACUUCAAGGAACUUCAGUGUGUUUAAUAUUGCCUAAAGUUAACCCAAAAGGCAAUGAUAUACUGAAUACAUUAUUUUUAUACGGUUUUAGUGUGCUGCACUUGGUUGAAAUAAACUUAAUUGAAACAUCAUCGCAGUCAACACAGCAGUAUAUGUCCAGUGCGAGCGAAUUAUUAACAAUGAAAUGUGAGCCACAUUUCAAAGUUUGAGCUACUGCUUACCAUAAAGAAACCUUGCUCACCUUUCAAAGAGAAAUCGUUUAUUUUCCUUUUCAAAAAGAAUACGUAGUCUUUCCGGGUCUGUCGGGGAGCAGACGUAUCGUUAACGAGCGGAACAGCCUCGAUAGCGCCGCACGCAACGAACCUUUGGGACAAAAAUCCAUUUAGAAUAUGGCCAAAACUUGGCAGAGCCACUGCAGGGGGAAACGGAAAUGCGGGGUGACAACAUGGGGCCCAUAAACCAUCUGACGGCAAUGUAACCAGCGACAGAGCAGUGCAGCGAAUCACAGUGAACAGACUUUCUUGAAAUAUGGUUUUGGUCUCAACAACUUUGUGGUCUAAAGACGACCGCAUGACAUGAGGUACGGGAAGUUGAGCGAUAUCCACAUAGACCAUAGUUAAAGAAGGAGACUGCAAAUUUCUUCCAUCAUAGAUCAAGGAAAUUGAAUCAAAUGCCCAUCCCGAUUUGGAAAUCUCCUUUUCUCCACCUUCCAGUCCCCGAGUCCCAGCAUGUUUGCUGAUCACAGUGACUGUUGUCUCUUUAAUACCCAAACACAGCAGAUGGAUUGUUUCUAUUUGUGAUGUUACAAACUGCAAUAUAUAUUUUGUUUGCAAGAGUCCAUCAGCCUUGCGAGGUUAAAGUUUUAAGGCUGGUCAGUAGAAGGGGGGGGGGGUGAAGACCAUCUGGUUUCAAAAGAUUCCCUUGCACUCCGAAGGCCAAAUUUCCUGUCCUGAAACUUGGGAGUGUUCUGUGGACAAACUGAACAUUUCCACAUGUCGGAGUGAAAGCUUUAGAUCUGCGUAAAUGAGACCGAUCUAAUAUACUACGACAUAUUACGAAUCGGGCGGAACGGUGGACGACUGGUUAACACAUCCGCCUCACAGUUCUGAGGCCCGGGGUUCAAAUCCCGGCCCCGCCUGUGUUGCGUUAGCAUGUUCUUCCCGUGCCUGCUCCGGUUUCCUCCCGCAUCCCAAAAACUCUAAAUUGCCCGUAGGUGUGAAUGUGAGUGCGAAUGGUUGUUUGUUUCUAUGUGCCCUGCGAUUGGCUAGCGACCGGUUCAGGGUGUAUCCCGCUGGGAUAGGCUGCAGCACGCCCGCGACCCUCGCGAGGAGAAGCGGUACAGACAAUGGAUGGAUGGAUAUUCCGAAUCACAGAUCAUAAACGGGCAUAGGAAAUUGAUGCAGGAUGUGGACUUGAAUUGCUUCACCGGUGUAAUGUUAUCUGUCAACUGGCCUGAAAAGAGACAAAUGUGAUGGUGCCUCCUUGAUGUUGCUCAGGUUCUUUCUGCCUUUGAUAAUGAACAGCAGAAUAAGCUGGUUUCCAAUACAAUAAGAGGAAUGUGUUGAGCAAAAGCCGUAACAACCAUGAACUCUGUGGUGCUGUCUUGUUUUUACUGAAUAAAACACAACAUGUGAAACAAAA